AUGUUCUCGGUGCAGGAGGCGCUGCCCCGGGGGGGGGUCCCCAUGAAGGAGGAGCCGCUGAGCGCGGGGCUCCCCGCCGGCCGCUGGCUGCAGGGCACCGGCAUCCUGGACGCCAGCACGGCGGCGCAGAGCGGGGUGUCGCUGGCCCGCGCUCACUUCGAGAAGCAGCCGCCGGCCAACCUGCGCAAGUCCAACUUCUUCCACUUCGUGCUGGCCAUGUACGACCGCCAGGGCCAGCCCGUGGAGGUGGAGCGCACCUGCUUCAUCGACUUCGUGGAGAAGGAGCGGGAGCAGAACGGGGAGAAAACCAACAACGGGAUCCACUACCGGCUGCAGCUGCUCUACAGCAACGGGCUGCGCACCGAGCAGGAUUUGUACGUCCGCCUCAUUGACUCCAUGUCCAAGCAGGCCAUCAUUUACGAGGGGCAGGACAAGAACCCCGAGAUGUGCCGGGUGCUGCUGACGCACGAGAUCAUGUGCAGCCGCUGCUGUGACAAGAAGAGCUGCGGGAACCGCAACGAGACCCCCUCGGACCCCGUCAUCAUCGACAGGUUUUUCCUCAAGUUUUUCCUCAAGUGCAACCAGAACUGCCUGAAAAACGCUGGGAACCCGCGGGACAUGCGGCGCUUCCAGGUGGUGGUGUCCACCACGGUGCACGUGGACGGCCACGUCCUGGCUGUGUCCGACAACAUGUUUGUCCACAACAACUCCAAGCACGGCCGGCGCGCCCGGCGCCUCGACCCCUCCGAAGCCACCCCCUGCAUCAAGGCCAUCAGCCCCAGCGAGGGCUGGACCACGGGCGGUGCCACCGUCAUCGUCAUCGGGGACAACUUCUUCGAUGGCCUCCAGGUGCUCUUCGGCACCGUGCUGGUGUGGAGCGAGCUCAUCACCCCCCACGCCAUCCGCGUGCAGACCCCCCCCCGCCACAUCCCGGGGGUCGUGGAGGUGACAUUGUCCUACAAGGCCAAGCACUUCUGCAAGGGCGCGCCGGGACGCUUCGUCUACACCGCCCUGAACGAGCCCACCAUCGAUUACGGCUUCCAGCGGCUGCAGAAGGUGAUCCCGCGGCACCCCGGGGACCCCGAGCGCCUGCCCAAGGAGGUGCUGCUGAAGCGUGCGGCCGACCUGGUGGAGGCGCUUUAUGGGGUACCCCACAGCAACCAGGACGUGCUGCUGAAGCGGGCGGCCGACGUGGCCGAGGCGCUCUACAGUGUCCCCAGGGCCCCCGCGCAUGUCACUGUCCCCUCCUUCGGCGGGGGACAGCUCGGCCUCGCCAUGGGCGACUCCCCGCAGGGCUCCGAACAAGUCCUGCCCGCCAGUCCCCCUCUGGGCGCCUCGUCCGUCGCUGUCACCUCGGGCCCGGGCACGGCCACCUCGCCCGGUGGCUUCUCCUUCUCUCCGGUGACGAUGAUCUCGGCCGUGAAGCAGAAGAGCGCCUUCGCCCCCGUGCUGCGGCCACAGGGGUCCCCCCCGCCCGCCUGCGCCAGCGCCCUGCAAGACCCAGCUUUCGAGGACUCGGACAAAUUCCACGCUCCGGCGCGGCCGCUCCAGGGAUUGGCCUAUUCCUAAGGAAGGCGUGUCCAGAGGGGCUCCGGACCCCCCAUCCCGCCGGGACAAGGACUGGGGACAUCCCUGUCCCCUGUGCCCUCCCCUCAGAGCUGGGCGGAGCCGCCACGCGGAGCGGGAUGAGGGGACCCGGCCCCCUGAUGUCCCCACCCCCGGUGGCCCCGGUCUGGCCCGGCUGAGGGGGGACUUGGGGCAAUCCUGGAAUGAGCCAAAAUUCCUGGGUUCGGCCUCGGGAAGAGGCGGAGAGAGCCGGGAAUGGGACAGAGGAGGGAGCGGGGUGGAGGCGCCGGGAUGGGCGGGAGGGGUGGGCCAGGAUGGGAGGGAUGAUCCAAGGUGGGAUGGAUGCUCCAAGGUGGGAUGGAUGUUCCAAGGUGGGAUGGAAGCUCUGGAAAAGGAAGGAUGAUCCAGGUGCGAUGGAUGAUCCAGGUGAGAUGGAAACUCCAGGAUGGGUUGGAUGAUCCAAGUGGGAUGGAUGCUCUGGGUUGAGAUGGAUGUUCCAGGUUGGGAUGCGUGAUCCAAGGCAAGAUGGAUGAUCCAGGAUGGGCUGGAUGCUCCAGGUGGGAUAGAUGCUCCAAGGUUGGAUGGAUGUUCCAAUAUGGGAUGGAUGCUCCGGAAAAGGAUGAUCCAAGGUGGGAUGGAACCUCCAUGAUGGGUUGGAUGAUCCAGGGGGAUGGAUGAUCCAAGAUGGGAUGGAUGUUCCAAGGUGGAGUGGAUGAUUCAGGAGGGCUGGAUGAUCCAGGAUGGGAUGAAAGCUCUGGAAUAGGAUGGAUGAUCCAAGGUGAGAGGGAUGAUCCAAGAUGGGGUGGAUGCUCUGGAAAAGGAAGGAUGAUCCAAGGCAGGAUGAAUACUCCAGGAUGGAAGGGAUGUUCUAGGUGGGAUGGAAGCUCUGGAAAAGGAUGGAUGAUCCAGGUGGGAGGGAUGAUCCAAAGUGGGAUGGAUGCCCUGGAACAGGGUGGAUAUUGAGGAUUAGAGGGAUCAUCCAGGAGGAGAUGGAUGCUCCUGGGCAGGGGGGAUGAUCUGGAGUGGGAUGAAUGGAUGGAUGGAUGGAUGAUAGAUGGUGGGGAAG